AUGUCUCUUUUGAUAAGGUAAGUUCAUUCAAAGUACUGGAAAAAUUCAUUCGCUCGAUUAUUAUGAUGCAACCUAAAAAAACGUCAUUUUUCCCUAUUUUCGAUAUAAAAUAUGUUUUAAACCUGGAAGAUAUGAAAACAAAACCGUAGAAAAAAAUUGAAAAACAAAUAAUAUGAGAACAAAAAAACCACUCAUCGAAAAAAAGAAAUUGACCAAAAAAACCACCAAUGGAAGUCAAAAUUUCCAGGUGGUCCUAUCCUUAUUGAACGGUCGAAAAACCGUUUUUUCGAUGGCAUUUUCGUAGGAAAAGGGCUAGGAUAAUGAAAGUUUGGCUCUGGGGGUUGUUUUGUACUCUGAAUCGAAUGGCAUUUACAGAUUUUUGAUAUCUUUCCGUAUUUUGCCAGAAGGUCCGAAAUCGAGGGGGGGGGUCCUAUCCUUAUUGAACGCAGUGUAGUUUGUCUAUAAGGGAAUAGGACAGUUUUUCUAUAAGGAAAAACUGUCAGAAACUUUUUUGCACUAAACACAUUACAAAGCAGACUGAGAAUCGAAAAUAUUAAAGUCGUACUUUUUCCGUUAGUGGAAAACUUAAAGAGUUUAACUCUCGCUGAAGAACAAGUACACACGUUGAAAAAUGAAUCUCUAGAGAACGGCUUUAAAAAACGAAAGGUCAAAAGACCCAAAUGAAAUUCUUUCUGUGUCUCUCGGUAAAUUUUUUUUCAGUUUUAAAAAUGAUCAAAAAAAUGGUUUUAGAAGCUUCCACAUCUCUCUAUUUCAUUCAUCGAUAUCCGACAAAAAAAACUUUGAGGAAAAAACUUGAUUAGGGUCUGUGUUCGAGUUUUUUUAAAUUUUUUUCAUAAAGGUAUAGCUUGAACCAGAUUUUUUUAAGGAAAGUUCAUUAACGAUAAAAAAAGCACUGAGUGAAAUUAAAAGCUCUGAAACAAGCAAAAAAGGGAGGUGUCGUGCUGAAGUCAAGUCGAGAGAGACGACAUUGCACCAAAUUUACUAACUAGCUCGAGUGAGAGCGUGUGGUUGCAAGUGCCAAAAUUUGAAACGCGUCCGGGGGUCGUCCGGACAUAUUCUCAGAGAAGAAGUUGCAUUUUUCGCAGGGCCCACGGAUUGACGGCAAUAAUCACCCUUGGGGUAUUGCCGCGCCUUGGUAAACGUCUCGAAGACGCGGCUCUCAGUCAUUGACGCGCUGCUUUGCCAGCCUUGGCAGCUUCAUGUUGCUUGAUAGAUGCUUUAGGUCUUCGGAGAGCAACAGCAAUUUUGGUUUUUGAACUUGCCGCUCCACUGUAAUUCAAAUCGUAGAAGAUGAAGAUUAAUUAUGCAAUCUAGAACGAGCUGUGAAGUUUCUUCAGACGAAUCUUGUUUUCCGAAAAUUUGGGAAAAAAGUCAUCAUGGAGACAAAAAAGUUGCACUUCCAAAAAACUAAAUAUAGCCUUUCGUUAAAGUGUUCCAUCUGCUCCACAUUUUUUUUCUGUUAGACGACAUUCGAAAAGCACCAAAAAAUCUCGUUCGAAUUUUGAGGAAAAAUUCAGAAAUACUCACUUAAGAAGGCACUUUUAAAGUAUAGAAAAGGUAACUAGAGAAAAUUAUAAUAACGACAGAACUUUAGGGGAUUACAAAAAACUUUCACGUGGAACUGUAUUUUAUUGAGUAUUCAGAUUGUGAAUUAAACGAAAUUCCUCAAAAAACGCGAAAUAUGCUUUUCACACUAGUCUCAAUUACCUUGAUAUAGAUUUUUUUUUCAAGUUCUUUUGCGCGUUACUGUAUGAGUCCCAGAUUAGCCUUUUGAGACCGGCAAGCUAAUGUAUCGUGCCUGAACCGGUGGGAGUGACCCAAGUGUUCCUGUCAUUGUCUUUUUCAGUGAUCUACGGCAUGAUGUGAGGUUGAUCGUUCUCUGCGUUGGUCGUUCUCUGCUCAUUCUCUGCGCGAUCCACCAAUCAGUUCUCUUACAGCGCAUUUUAAGCACUGCUUCGUUCCUUUCUGCUUCGUUCAACUGUCUAUCAGAUUACGGUAUCAAUAGUCUUUUAACUUCAAAACUCCUUGAAAAUUUAAGAACAAGAUUGUUUUUGUUCGAUAGAUACGCUUUCAAAACCUCCCCAUGUUACUGUAAAACUUGUUCAAGGUUGUGAGAGGUAUCUUAAAAAAAGAGUAUAUUUUUGAAAAGCUUUUAAUAUAAAUUUUCUAGAAUGAAAAAUUUUUUUCAUUUUUUUACAGUAAUCUACAUUUAUUUUUUUCAGAGAAUGGUUUUUAAUUGCAUGUUUUCUCUUUGAAACGCACUUCCUAUCUCACAAUUUUUUUGAUCGGAAUAUAUUUUACAAUAAUUCUUAUCCAGAAACUCUUUUUUUCAAUAUAUUAUUCAGACAAAAAGUUCUUCCCGGAAAUGUUGUCGAAUUUCGCGUCAAGAUUUUCUCUUCUAAGGUGUGCAGUUCCAAGCGGUGUCACUGCUCAACGACAAUUAUGUUUUGGUUGGAUAAUUCUCUAAAAAAAACAAAAAAACUAUUCCAAACAGAUUUAACAGAGACCAGCAAAGAGAUUCAGUCCGCAGCUCUGAAGUUCUCAAAAGAGGCAGGCGAAAAAAGAUUCAAAAUAACAGUAUAGGGAAAUUUAGGUUUUGAUACCCAAUGCUUCUCGUUUCGACGAGUCUAGCGAGUUUCCAUGGGAGAUUAUCAAGCAAGCACACGCUCUGGGCUUGAUGAGCACUCAGAUUCCAGAAAAAUACGGUACCACAACACACUCAACAUUUUAUCUUUUCAUUGCAAUAUUAAGGUGGACCAGGCUUGAGCACUCUCGACACAACGCUGAUCGUUGAAGCUUUGGCCUACGGUUGUGCUGGAAUCCAGUUUGCGAUUUUUUGUCCUUCGUUGGCGAUUGCGCCUGUCCUAAUCGCUGGAAAUGAAGACCAGAAAAAGGAGUUUCUGGGUAAUUUAGACUUCUUUAUUACCAAACUUUUUUAUUUUAUCCAGGAAGACUAGCCUCAGAGCCGGUCAUCGCAUCAUUUUGUGUUACCGAGCCAAACGCUGGAUCUGACGUCAACGGCGUCAAAACAAAGGUUUCAUUUUUCUUUUCAAAUUUAUUUUCAAACUUCAGGCGGAGAAAAAAGGAGACCAAUGGAUAAUUAACGGGAACAAGUCCUGGAUUUCCGGUGGUGGACAUGCGCAAUGGUUUGUUCUCAAGAAAGGAGAAUGUUAACUUCUUUUCAGGUUUUUUGUACUCGCAAGAACAGACAGUGAUCCCAAAACGCCUGCGAGCAAAGCGUUUACAGCAUUCAUUGUGGAUGGAGAUACACCUGGGAUUAUUCGUGGGAAAAAGGUUGUAAAAAUAAACUUUGUUUUCGAUAAAGUUAAAAUUUAGGAAAAAAUGAUGGGUCAACGCUGUUCUGACACCAGAACCAUAACUUUUGAAGACGUUUGCGUAAAUGAGAAAAAUGUCCUUGGUGCGCCUGGAGACGGAUUUAAGGUUUGAUUUUCGUCAAACUUUAAUCCUACAACUUCAGAUAGUUUACCCUGAAACUUCAUGAAUUUAAACUUUCUGGAAAUUCUGUCAUUUACCAAAGUUCCUAGUUUUUUUUUUUAGAUCACAAUGGCGGCCUUUGACAUGACUCGACCUUCAAUAGCUGCUGCGGCACUGGGAAUGGCUUGGAGGUCUCUCGAUGAAUCAACGCGAUAUGCUUUAGAACGGAAGACCUUCGGCACCCAGAUCGCCAAUGUACUAUUCAUUAUUUUGUGGAAGUAUCUUUUUUUUAGCAUCAAGCCGUCCAAAUAAUCAUUGCUGAAAUGGCGACUAACCUUGAAUUGGCAAGGCUUGCAACGUAUCGUGCAGCUAACGACGUUGACAAGAACGUAAAUAAAAAUUAUAUCAUUUUAUAUCAUUUAAUCAACCUGACAGAUCGGAUCUUCUUACCUCUCUUCAAUUGCUAAAUGUUUCGCUGCGGAUAUGGCCAACCAGGCUGCGUCAAACGCUGUUCAAGUGAUUUUUUUUACGAUUUAAAAAAAUAAAUUCUCAAUAUAUUGAAGAUAUUUGGUGGCAACGGGUUUUGCGCUGAGUUCCCUGUGGAGAAACUCAUGCGAGAUGCUAAGAUCUCUCAAUUGUACGGUGGAACUUCACAGGUAAAUAAAAGUUUUUGAUAGUUCUCAUCAUUAUCAUUGCAGAUUCAACGGGUAGUGAUAGCUCGGAGGCUUUUCGAUCAUUUCCAGCAAAACGGGUCUUCCAGGCUUAAUUUUUAGUGUAUAUUCCUGUCUUGCAUAUUUUUAUAGUGAUUUUGUAAAUAAAUUUCCUUUUUAUAACAGCACAUAAACUGAUUCGACUGACCAAAGCGCUCAAAGAGUGACCAGAAUCAAUUUUUCUUUCGAUUCAUCCACAUACCUGGCUCGAAUUUUUGUGAGCAAAAAUAUUCGCGAAGUUCCCGGUUAAACUUACAGACUCAAAUGGUGAACUUACAGGCACAAAUGUUGAACUUACGGACACAAAUGGUGAAAGUCUCGAAUCAUCAGAAUUGAAAAGCUAAGUUGUAAAUACUCUGUCGAAAAAAUUUCAAAGAAAUUCAUUUUUUUACGAAAACAUUUUAAUCAAGUUGAAAAAAAUUUAAAAGAGAAGGAAAAAAAAUUAUAUGAAGCUCUAAGUUAAUAGCGAGCGACCAUUAUCCGCAAAAAAAAACUUUUUGAGACUUUUCUAAUCUUUUUGUUGAUUGUUUUGUUGGGGAUGAUUUUAAUAUUACUUUUCGUAAAUGUUUUUUCAGACUCGUCAGAAAGCAGUCCGAUUUCGCUGAUGGUUUCGUGCGAGGCGCGAGGAUUAGCGUGAUUCCAAGCGUGCUGGUCGCGCUGAAUGGCUACUUUCCGGUUACUAGGCAGCUCGGACGGCCCGCUGACCUCGAUAUUCCCAGGAGCCGCUCACAGUGUUCCCUCACUGUUGACACCGUCCAUGUUUAACCCAAUGACCACUUCCUGCGUCACAUUUUUCCUGUUACGUAAGUUCCAUUCAUUGAUCGCUCCAAUCAUUUUUUUUUUUUCUGUUAAACCUUAUUCGUUGCAAGUUUUCUGAGAUGUUUGCCUAAAUUUUACAUCGCUGCGAAAAUUCAUACAAACUCGAAAAGAAUGGUGAAAAUAAGAUUGAAAAAAUGAUACAUUGUAACAAACUGCAACCACUAUGAAUAGUCAAUUUAUUUCUUAAGAAAACAUUCUGAGUUCAAUUUUUUACCUCUAGUGAGAUCCUCCUGAAGUUUUGAAAAAUUCAUUGCAUUAACUAACGGAAGCCUGUAAAUUUUUGUUUUUGAAGGAUAUAUAAUUGCUUUUUUGGUGUUCCGAGACUUUGACGAUUUCAUCCCGUAAAGAGCUGUCGCGUAAACCGUAACUGACCUCAUUUCAAUCUAUGACACAACCAACUAGCAAUUAGAGUGAAAAUCACGCGCCAUUUCUGCUCCCGGUCAGAAAACCAGAAAGUCCUAGAGAGGGAAAAAGAUAAAAGUGUGUUGAUUUUUUGUUACAGUGUGGUCGACGGCAAACGGCAAGGCUCAAGAUGAGCAACUCCGUCCGGCGGCCAUCAUUCCUUGGUCUCAGUACCAAGCUCGCAUGAACAAGGUCAAAGAGCCCAUGAAAUAUCGAGAAACUCAGGUACUGUAACUAUUUCAUUGUAAAUAGAAAGAAUCCAUCUAAAAACGACUAUGAGUACUUCUUACACCGAAGAUUCAGUCUUUGAACGACUUCGAAGGCUUUGACCCAACUGUAGAAGAAAAACAGUCUUUAUCAUCAAGUGGAAAUUCUUACGUCGGCAAUUAUGAUCGCAACUUUGCUCUAACGCCUGAUCAGACAUCAACCUCUGUUAACAAUGAAAAAAGGUGAUAUAACUCUAUAAUUUCAUUAACUGCUCGUCUUUAGAUUGAACAAAUUGCGUGGGAAGUAUAACAGUGUCAUACGACCACAAAUAAAAGGAAGAAAACCUGCCGAACCAUCCGACUUCAUUAAAACAAAACUAAGCGAACAAGCAAUACCAGGUACUCCAAUUUUGAGUCACUAAACCAGAUGAUUUAUUUGAAGGGGAAGACGUUAAAUACAAGCCCUACAAGAGUUUGAAAGAACCUCUUCCUAGGCAACCGCUUAUCAAAACGGAAUCCAAAACACUACAGACUUUGAAUGUAAGCUUAAAAUUGACACGAGUUCCGAUUGCGUUUAUAAAAGAUGAUGCGUUGCGGUCACGAAACGGCUCAAUUCAAAAUUUAAAAACUAAAUAUCAAGUUGCGCAAGUUGUAUUAUUGUCGGCUGCACCACUAAGUUUUCAAACGUUCUCAAUGCGAUCAGAAUGCUUCAGAUUAACUGAGAAUUUCCGGUUAUCAUAGUAGUAGUUUAUUCGGAAAACAACAGUGGAUUUUCAGUCACAGAACUUGGGAAUUAUAAGCGGAGUUCCCAUGUACGCUGCGUCUUGGGAAAACGGUCAACCUCACUAUAUCCCCGAGCGGAAACCCGCUCAACUCGCUGCUAAUACUCUCCUACAAUCCGAGGCUACAAGUUUAAUAGCGAAUGUCAGUUUUUUGCGGUUUCCCCCUUUUUGAAACCAUGAUUUCAGAGCGACAAACUGGUUGAUCCUUUGUAUCAAUCGGUCGACCCCAACAUUGUCAAUACAAUAUUCUCACAGAGCCAGGCCAAAAGUGGACUGAUACCCACUGUUCCGCAAAUUCAGGUUUUCCUGUAAAAAUGCCUACUUAUAAUAUUUAUUUGUUGUAGGCUACUCAAAUGCAGCCGCUUCUAGACAAGCUUUUGGCUGAUGGAGCUUCCUUGGACCAAAUAUCGAAAAUCGCCAAAAAUUUGCUAGGCGUUGGAGACAAUGGCUCAGGAGGGGUAAAAACAAGCAAGAAAAAUUUGAUAAUAACUUUAAAUGCAGGGGGGAAGUCUUCUUGAAGCCAUGACUUCAGUUUUACGUGGAGCUCCAAGGAUUCCUCCAACGAGCUCAGCAGCGGAUGGCGAUUUUUCUCAAGUUAGCACAGCAGCUAGACCUCAACCUUCCAUAAUUGAAAAACUACUGAGCCAUGGUACUCAGAAAGUUCUAUCUUGUAUAAAUUUUUUUCCCAGCAACUUCGGCGCUCAAUGAUUCUUUAAAACAAAAACAACUCCAAGAGAACGCCGAAAAAGUAAUCGCUUCCAAAAAAGUGGCAGACCCUCCAAAUCUUGAGAACAACGUCGAGAAACUUUUGAAAAUGACUCCGGAUAGAGAAAAUUCGUUGAAGGUGGUUUUUUGAUCACAUUUGUAAAAAACGUCAGAAAACAUUAAGUUGCUUGAAAGCAUGCCGGAGGAACAGCGGAAAAUAUUGGAAGCGGCUAUCAUUUCCGGAGAAAUUGAUCCGGAAACUCCAGCCUUACAGUUAGUUUUUUUUUUUCAAAAAUCAAAAAAUAAACUUUGAUUCUAUUUAGAAGUUUGGUCAAAGAAGAUCGUACAGAAGAUUCGAAAAAAGAAAAACAAAGCCGUCUACUGGAUUGGAUCCGGUCCAAUCGUCCGAGCAAGACGCAUGACGUUAUUGUGACGUCAGAUAAGCUACCAUAUUAUGGAAAAUAUUGCGGCAGCUUUGUGGGGCAGGUAAGAGGUGAAGUAUUACAUUUAUUUCAAAUUGAAGGGUCCAGCUAGACUUGAAAAAACGGUUCCGUCCUUCUGGAGCUUUGUGGGCUGUGGAUGAUAGACGGUUCAUUGUUUCGAAAUUCUUAUUUCAGCCAAGAUCAUUACUUACAGGUAAGGAUUAAAUUGGAAAUACACCUUCAAAAAACUUUAGAAAACGUGACAUUCUGGCUGGGGCCAUCCGAGGAAAGUGGAGACAGUCUUCAAGAUAUAAUGCCGUCGACGAAUGGAUUCUAUGUUCAACCGAAACCAAUCGACGUCGCUAUUUUUGCUCUCGAAGAGUUACCGGUUCUGAACUGCAUGUGGUUUUUUUUUAAUCGAAAUUUCAGCCGCUCGAUGCUGUUUCCAGAAAGAAAAUCCUUUCAACUUCUCUUCUAGGCGGUAUGUCUCCCAUUAUUGGGAUUCCUGCCAGGAAAAGACGAGAUGGUGCUUUAUAAAAAAAGGAUUUGAACAUUUAAAAACAUAGUUCAGCUGUUAUCAACGUAACUACAGAUGAGAAGCCUCCCAUAGAUCAAAAGAAACCAAUCGAACUUCUUGUAAAGGUAUGUUUCAUUCAUUUUGAUCAAAAUUAAUUGAAGAAAAACUGCAUAAAAAUAAAAUCGAAUAGUUCUUGAACUGUAACCAAAAAGUCCAAAAAAAAAAGUGUGAGGAUUUACUCAAUCGAAGACAAACUUCCAGAACGGACUUAUCGUAAAUUUACUUAGAUCAUUUUUCAGGGAGGAGUUGUCCUUCUCAAACCAGGGCCUGAAAAAAAAUCAGCCACAUCAGCCUCUCAAACGGAUCUUCCAGUAAAGAUCAUUCCAAAGCUUGAAGAAGCACCCGAAGAAGAUACAAAACUAAGUUUCAAUAAAACUUUUGUCCCAUCUGGAUUCCGACUACAACAACCUGAAUUCGACGCAAUCGAUUCAUCAGUAUAACGCCAAUGUUUUUCCAAAAUUCGACUGCUUUCAUCUUAAAGAUUCCUCAACCGUUAGAAUGGUACGCCGGCUUCCAACCUCUUCUCAUAACUCUUCCUCACAAUAAGAAAAUCAAACAAGUUCACUGGGUCUCCUUGCGCGAUCACAAAAGAGAGGUUUGCAAGGAUAUUACAAAUAAAUUUCAAAUCACGUUCAGGAAACUGUCGCUUCAAUCCUUUUGCCCAAUGGGCCAGCGUUCCAAGUUCCUGCUGUUGUUCAGUUAAGACCGCUCUCACCAAAUGCUGGCUUCAACGUCAGCUCUGGCAGCAUUUUGGUUUGAACUCUUAAAAAUAAUUGAUAAUCAAAUACUUGGUUGAGAUCCGUGAUAUAAAAACGAUCCAAAUCAAAAGCCUCACGUUAAAAACCGAAGGAUCCUCUAUUUGGUUUAUGGUAGGCAAGGACAUUCUACCGAACGCGAACGGACACAUUGUUCCUUUAUAUGAUGAGUUUGUGGAACAUCAAUAAAAUAAUUCUGCAACUCAUGAAAAUCCAGAAAAACUGGCCGUUUUGACUGUGAAUCCCUCAAAGACUACCAAAAUGAAGAUGUGGUUCUUCGGUUACCUGGGCAAAUGGACAUGAAAGACGUAUUCUGGUUUUCAAGUGAGUUUCGAGUUAUUUUACUGGCAAUUAAUUAUACUUUUCAGUUUUUUCAAUGUCAAAUACGGUUUCCUAUUCUCACAUAUAUCUUCCGUACAAUGAUAUGCAACUGGUUCCAGAUUUAUCGGCAACUGCGGUUAUUCAAAAAAAUAAUUUCAAAUUAAUUUUGAAAUUUUUUUCAGACGCCAACAUGUAGAUAUCGUCCUUGAAUCGAAAGUCUUCCGUCCCAUCAUUUUUUUGCCAUAGAAAUAAUACUGGAAUUUUUGAUAAUAUUUCUAUCUGGACGAUCACGAUUUGUCGAUAAAUAAACCCAAAAGUUUUUGUCUUAUGCUGGAACAUGUUUAUCAAUAAAGAAGACCAUACGGGAUGUUAUUAACACUUUUCAGAAAAGAGUGUAGUCGUAGAAGCGAUUUUAUUUUUCUCCGCGCAUGACGGUCUACGAUAAUUCCUUUUCUGCAAGCACCGAAGGACGCCAAAACGUUAUUGCGACCUCUUUGUCAAGAUGUUUUCGCGCUUUCACAAUAUUCUUUUUUUGUUAGUUUUGUUUCCCUUGAUGAACUUCUCCCAUUUCAAAACAGUUUAUGCUCUAAAGUAUGAAAAAGAUUCGUUCAAGUAAUGUAUUUUUUUAAUUUCUUUUUCUAAAUUUUUUUAUAUCAAAACAAGUUUUUUUCGUUCAAAAGUAUUAUUUUUAAGUUGGAAAAAGAUGAAUCUUUAUUCAUGACAAUUGGUUUUUUUCAUUUAUAAGAAGUAUGUUAGUUCAGGUUUGGGUAUCAUCUCAUCAAUCUCAAAUUAGUUCUUGUUCUUUCCUUUGUUUUUCUUCAUGAAAAGUUUGCUUCGCGAUAAAACUCACAAAGCCAUUGCUAUGUAAGUAAAAUUAAUCAAUUUCUUAGGAAGAAACGGCCAAAAGUGCGUGAGUAUUCGGUUGCCUAGGUUUUUCGGUUCCGCCCAUAUUUUCUUCUAGAAAGGACAAUUCUUAAACAGGAUCUCCGUCACGUUGGCUGUUCCUUUAUUUCUCUUCAUUAACAAGGCUGAACGCAUUCUCCAAAUCAUUUCAGAAAAUCCAUCUGCGCUUUCCAAGGAAAAAAGUUUUCACUUUGCUUUGUAUUCCCAAAAGCCGAUUAUUUAUCAAAUAUGAAGAUUCUCUGUUCCAUUUGCUGUACUAAACCUUGUUUCUCCGGAUUUUCAUUUUGUUUCUGUGUAAAAAAAUUGAUCGUUUUCUCAAUCAAUUGAACCCAAUAAAUAAUAAAUUUCUUGGUUUUUGGAUUCUUAAGUAGGAAUCCUAGGCAACGAGACUUGGUGCGUGACAUGCUUGGCUUUAAGCAAGAAAAUAUACUCACAUUUUUUCUCAGGAGCUCCGUAAUGAGCAGCGCCUUGGCAACCGCCUGAUUCGGUUCUCAUAUCAACAUUUAGUUGCUCUCUGACUGGCAGCCAGUUAUAUACAUUUCCAGUUUAUUAAUUAUCUGGCAACAGAUUUACUCAUCUUUUUUUCUGCUCAUCAAUCUCCUCAAAGUUUAAGGAAAUUAAGAUUUCCUUUUUUUAAAAGUCAACGAGCAUUGGUUUUUUUGAAAAGAGUAAGCCAAAAAUUCGCUGGCAAGAAUUUUUUUCUCUAAAUAUAGAACUGGCAAUUUAGGGACUGCCGAAUAAAUUUACAAUUUCAGGACUACCGAAAAAUGCUAUACUCCAUUCAAUGCAAAUUUAAUAUUAGAAUAAUAAUAGGCUUUCUUUUUUUGGGCAGGAAUUGUCAGAGUUUUCUUUUUUUGUUUUUAAAAUGGGAAUAGAUUUCCCUUCUUUUUGUCCACAACUAUUUCUCUCAUUUUGUUAUCUCUUUCCCAACUCGUAACCAUCAAAAGUCAGGAAGAACUCCGCCCAUUCGGAGAAUCUUUCAGAGCGACCACGAAAAAAAAUAGUCGGCUGCGGCGGUACUCUGGCGCGUGGCCAAGCCUCUCUGCACUCUGGGGACGAAGGGCCGACGCCUGAAAGCGGCGAGAAAAAAAGAAGGAGAAGGAGGGGGCGACGCCACACACCGCCGACGCCUGUUUGGCACGCGAAGCGGUCAGAGACGCAGUUUCAGCACUCUCUGCACACUCUUGCGCGCGCUCACUCUCUUACAUGUCUCUCGACGCCUCUGCGGCGUGCAAUUGAUUGUUACAUGGGUUCUCGAACGCCUCCUCAUCUUGUAUACACAGUGUCCACCCUUUCCCCUCUCCACUUUUUGCUAUUUUCAGUUACUUCUUAUCGAUGUUUUUCCUUAUUGAAAAAUUAACUGUCAAUCGCUUGUAUUUUGGGAGACAAAGCAUUUCAAGCCCCAGAGUAGGUGAUCGAUAGGCCGCGCGGCGGAUUUCGAUCGCGGCGCGGUAGGCGUCUGACGUCAGGGCUUCUUUCGAUUUCUUAUUUUUCCGCUUUUUUGUUUUUGUGUUUUUAUAAUCUUUUCCGUUCACUGUGUCGAAGUUAUUUUUUAGAAGUCUCGUGUAAAUUUCAGUUUCGUUGUCCUUUUUCUACGUGCAAAAAUAAGGAUUCCAAUUUUUCAGAUUGUCGUUUUCAAACAUGGAAGAAGAGGGGAGAGUUUCGGAUGUGGCUCCAGCUGAAGAUGGUGGCGGCUCGGCCAAGCGGUCUGACGGAGAAGAGCGCCGUUCGCGCAAUGCAUGGGCUUCGCCUCAUCAGCCACGUGUUCCUUGGGCUUCGCCUCAUCAGGUAGACCUUAACUCAGUUUUACUUAAUGGAAAACAUUUAUUAUACGUUUUCAUGUCGUGUUUUUCCAGGAGCCGAACAACGGCGUUGUGCAACCGCGUGUUGUUCCUCCGAUUGGGAAGCCAACUAGGCACACCAAUCAACUGGACUACAUUUUGAACACCGUCAUGAAGGAAGCCAUGAAACACAAACAUUCUUGGCCCUUCAAUGCUCCUGUGGACGCUGUCAAACUUGGUAUACCGGUCAGUAACUCACUUUACUGUUUUAACGUUGAGAACAUUGAGAAUAAAUAUUUUUUCUUGUUUUACCUUCCAACUUUUCAGGAAUACCACAAGGUCAUCAAACGUCCGAUGGACUUGAAGACCAUUGAGAAACGUUUGAAGAACGUUUACUAUUACAGUGCGAAAGAUUGUCUCGAGGCGAGUUUAUCAGUGAUUGUGUGACUUUCCCAAACGGGUAUCGGAUAACUGAGAGCUUGCGUUUUUAAAUGUUAUUAGAGCGAUCAAGGUUCCUAAAAGUCCGAUAUCCUUUCUAUCAAUGAUAGGUGGUGGCAAGGCUCAUGUUGAUUUUCUGAGGACGGCAAAUUCAUUUUGCAUGACAGGCGCCCGCACAAUGAAGAAAUUUUUGUUUUGAUGUUCCUAGAAAAUUUUUUUUUCGUCUUCAAUUAAUUUAACAUAAAUCAGUUGUCGAAUAAAACAUGAUGAAAAAAAAGUUAGGAUAAAAGCGGCAAGAUCUGUGGAGCAAAUGUUGGAGGCGCCAUUGAUUUGCUACAAAACCUUUCAGUAUUGUCACUUCUACCGCGGUUCGCUCGCUUUUGAAUUAUCGAAGCCUGCAAAAAAUAUAUUAAGGGAAAUACAAGAGAUUUUGUUAAAGAACCGCAAGAUGAUAUUUUCAAUCAGAUAGUUAGAAACUUCACUAUGUACAAUUAAUUUGCAUGCGUACAUCACUUUUCCCAACAAAUAAGGUUUAAAUUAUUUUUUUGUUUUCUUACCUCCGGAAAAGACCGACCGUAUAACUUGUAUUCAAUAAAGUAAACUCCUAAUAAAUUCCCUGGAUCCGAUGCAUGACCCUUUCACUUUUCUUCUGCACAAUUUCAGUUGUUUGAAUAUAAUUUGUUUAGAUGGAACAUUUUUAAUUUCAUUACGCAUCAAGAAACUGGAUUAUUAAGAUAACGAAUUUUCAAUUGAAUUUUUCCAUUUCUAGAUGGUAUAAAAAUUACUUCUCCAUAACGCAGUUUUUAAUGACCGUUUUCGAUUGAUUACCUAGAAGUUAGAUGAAUGAAUGCACGUGAUGAAAUAACUUCUCACAGUUUUUGGUGUCCGCUUGUGCUUGUUUUAUUUAUUUUUGCAGUUCUUAACAUGCCGCCUAUUUUCGAGCUUGAAAACUUUUAAAGAAAAAAGAGCUCGCCGCUGCCGUAAAAGUGACAAUACCGAUUAGUUUUGUAGGACAUAAUGGUCAUGUUCAACAAUUGCUACACGUUCAACCCGCCGCAUUAUGGCGUUUACGUAAUGGGGAAAGAGCUGGAGCACGUGAUGCUCGACAAAAUCUCGCACAUGCCUGAAAAUGUGAGUUUAACGCUUUUCCAUUUUUUCAGGAUCUCAGCAAUGUCUUCAACAACUGUUAUAUGUUCAACCAAAAGGAUGACGAUGUUUCGAUUAUGUGUCAGAACGUCGAAAACCUUGUCAAAACCUUGGCAAAAAAUAUGCCGGAUGAGGUUUUUUAAGAAGCGAAUAUGAGUUGUCGUAAUGAAAAAGAAAAGUUAUUUCGAAAAUCUCUUUUAGAACGUGAAAAUAGAUUUAUAGAAACUAUUGUGGGAUAACCUUUAUUUUUUUCUUCAUGACAAAAAAAUAAACUAUUUGUCUUUGAAUGUUCAGUGAACAUUUUCAAAAUCUUGAUAUUGAUCAAAAUUUGUUUUUUGAGCUUUUUCAAAGACACAAAUUAUUUUUUCAAUCAGAUAAAAAAUGACGAAUUUCACUCAUUACUUUUCUUUUUAAAGGAGGAGGAGAUGUCUCGGCCAUCUUCGAACCGCCGCGGACCUAAGUCUAAGCAGAAGGAGAGAGUGCGAAUGUCGCUGACGGCGUCGAAAAAUCGACGAGGUGGGGACCCGGACCUAAACGAUUUGCCAGCGCAUGUCUCAAAAGAACAACAACGUGUAUUAGACCAUUUCCACUACGCUUCGCAAGCAGGUGUGUCUGCUUACUUCACCCCUCUCCUCUUUCUUGAUUUUUGGAUAGUUAGGAAAAGAAAUAGAAAAUUGAUAUUUUGUGAUUUUAAGUUUUCAACUGCAUCGUCUUCUUGUCAUUAUAGACUGGCAUGAUAGUUGUUGUGAAGUUGAAAAAGUAGAUGAUUUGGUAGUCUGUACCUGUUGUUGGCUUGGUCCCCGGGUCUUUGAUUCAAGCAUGGUUAUUUUCCAAUUUCAGACUGCAGAAGGUAAUUUCCCCUUUUGAACUUGGGUCUCAAAAGAUGACCUUUUGUUAUGUAGCCUAUUUUUUAGCUUCUGGCUCACGUGAGUCGUCGGUAAGGGCGCCAUCGGUGAACGAUCCUGAAACACCCAUGGAGGUGUCUGAGAGCGUGACACCGGCAGCAGCUCCACCGGUCCUUGAUGCGUCGACGUCUAGCUCAAAUGGGGUAGCGCCCAGAAAAUCAAAUUUUCACUCAAUUCCUGAUUUUAGGAUCAACGUACCCCAAAGUCAUUGAAAAGAAAAGGCGAAGAAGAGGAUAUGGGCAAAGUAAAUUCAGUUCUCUCUUAUGACUCCAUGAAUGAAGUUAUUAAGGUCAGCGCUCGUCGUGAGUCUACGCGUCCCAUCAAAAAGCCGAAUCUGUUCAUCGACUACUCGAGCCUGCAGCCGCGAUUUAAGGGAAAAUUGACUGAGUCGAUGAAGUUCUGCCAGAAGAUGAUCAAUGAGCUUUUGUCAAAAAAAUAUAAAGUGAGGGACUACUACUGUAGUUUCAUAAUAAAUAAAAAUUUUCAGAGCUUCGCUUGGCCGUUUUACGAUCCUGUUGACGUGGAAGGUCUCGGACUAUCGGACUAUUAUGAAAUCAUUGCUCAUCCCAUGGAUUUGGGUACAGUCAAAAAGAAGUUGGACAACAAGCAGUACGCAAACGCCCAAGAGUUUGCCGACGACGUGCGAUUGGUGAAUAUCGAUCACUUUGUUCACGCUGUAAUAACAACUGUUAAGAUUUGCACCAACUGCAUGACCUACAAUCCUAAGACCAAUCAGAUCCAUCAGUUCGGAGAGCAGCUGCUCAAGAUGUUCAAUGAAAAGGUGACCUCUAGAUCAAGCUUUGAAGUUUCAAAGUUACAAUUCCAGUGGCUUCACCUUCCAAAAGAUGAGGUUGUUUCGGAGUCUCCUGUGGGAUCUUACUCGGGAAGUCUUCUUAUGAUCAAGCCGGAAACAGAGGACCAGAGGAUCGAGAAACUUCUCACAAAGGUUGAAGUGAUACUCGAACUUGUCGUUAUUAAUAUAUUUUUUACAGGCGAUAGCCGAGAAACGAGCUGCUCAGGAGAAACUGGACCAACUGAACAGCGUUUGCGAGCAAUUGAAAGAAUUUCUCGCAUCUCGUCAUGAAGCUCUGAAGGCUGGAAUGGAAGAACCAAAAAUUCCACAGUCGCUUAUUGCGAAUGCUGAGAAAGUCAUGGAUGUUGUGAGUCAAUGUUAUUUUUUUAUCAAGUAAAUUAUCUUCGCUUUUCUAGCACUCGAUCGUCGAUAACCUCGUUUCUCCGGCUCCAUCAAACCGAUCUUCAAUUCGCAGCAGCACUAUUCGCGAGGAAUACAAGCCGGAGCCGUCUGUCACGCCACCUCCAACCAAACGGUAUACGAAACGUGAAUAAAAAAUCAUAUUGAUAAAUUUUAGUGUUAAAACGCAGGCGGCGCAUACACCUGCGUCGGCCCAGUCAACAACUGACCGUCCAUACUCAGGUCGCGGUCGUCGACCAGGAUCCAAGAACAAGCCGAAGAUGGUGCUCAAGAAAAAAUCGGAUCAUAAUCAUGAGGACUCCGAUGAUGAACUUGCCAUGUCUUAUGAAGACAAGCGCGCACUCAGCGCAAAGAUCAAUUUACUGCCUCCUAAUAAACUGCAGAGUGUUCUCGAAAUUAUUGAAUCUCACCAAAGUCUCAACGUUAGUUUUUUCCUUUCCGACGAUUUAUAAUGGUGAUUUGUCCAGAACGAAGCUAGUCGCGAAGAGGUGGAGAUUGAUUUUGAAGCUUUGCUUCCAGCGACACUUCGCGACCUGAGCCAAUACGUCAACCAGUCGAUUGCACGCCGCCCUAGGAAGAACAAUCGUGAGGGAAAACGACUAAAACACGAAAUGUAACCAAAAUUUCAGCUCGUCCAGCUGAUGAUAAAGAAGAGGAGAAGGUGAAGACUCCCGUGAAGAAAGCUGCGCCAGUUCUUGAAGCGGCGUCUUACGUUGAGAGCGGUAACAGACGAAACCCCAAAUCGUACUAAAUUUAGACCUUACUUCAGGUCCCAGCACUUCUGCUCUCCCGCCACCAGAGCCUGCUGCUGAACCUGAGGCGGCUUCGCCAAUUCCUGCGGAUCCUUCCAAGGACACCAAAUCUUCUUCUUCGGAGUCCUCGUCGGAAAGUUCUGAUGGAGAAGAUUCGACCACGUCUUCUUCGGAUUCUUCUGACAGUGAAGCAGGUAAACAAGCUGAACUUUAACAUACUCUAAAUUCGAAUCGUAGGACCUCGCCUUGACGAGCUCACUUCGCGUGGCCGUCCUCCGGUCCGUCCGAUUGCUCAGGCUGCCGCUAAAGGCCGCAACGGAGUGCCACCUCCCCGUAUGGGCGCCCCGCAUCCAACCUACAAAAGUAACCUCGCUCCGGCGAAACCAGCUGCCGCAAAGGCACCACCAGCUCAGCUGAAUUUGUCGGCUGAUUCUACUCUCUGUGCGUUUCAAAAAUAGUGAUGAGUUAACCUUGUUGCAUUCAGCUUCGCCGACCCAUUCGGAAGUCAUCGCCAAGUCGCAUGUUCACGCUGGAGCCAAGCCGCUUCUGGAAAAUGACAAACCAGUGGUUUCAGGAGGAGUCGGUUGGUCUCGAUCUUUAGUGCAUUUUUCUGAAACUGGACUACAGGCGUUUCUAUCCUGGACCAGUUGCUUCCGAGCUCGUCGACCGACAAAAAAGAUUCGAGCCAGCCGGUCGUCAGCAAGUCUUCUGCAAACAAGGAUUUUGAUGCUUUCAAAAUGAAGCAUAAGCAGAAAGAAGAGAAAGUAUAGAUGCUUGGAAGUGAUGAAGAAAACGAGAAUUUCUUUUUCAGCGUCGCCAGCUGCAGGCGGAAGAAGAAGCUCGCCGUCGACAGAAGUCGGAUCGGCCUUAUAACUACGAAAUGCCUCCUUUGGACCCUGACGAGGAGGCGCGCAUCAAUCGCCUCCGUGAAGAGGUACUACAUGUCGCAAUUUCUCAUUUAGUAAUAAAAAAAAAUUACAGGAGCGCAGAAAGCGUGACGCCGAGGAUAAUGUUGGCAUGACCAACCAAAUGGAACUGAUGGCCAACUUUGAAGCCAACUUCUAA